GUCCUGUACAAGGGAGCCUCUGGAUCUGCUGGAGGAGGAGGAGCGGACUUCCUCAACUUGCAUGCCCAUCUGGUGACGCUGCGGCGCAGCUGCAAGGCCAAAACGCCUCAAGAGGUGCUGCCUCAGGAUGUGAAGGAGGUCUAUCACCUGGAUGCAUCCAGCAUCGUUUCGAGUUUCAAUCUGGAAGUAUGGCUCAUCAAUGAAAGCAUGCAAGAGCACGCUGCGAUGUCGGAAGAUUCGGUGUGUCCGCUACUCGCACCGCCUCCAAGCACAUGCAACUGUUCCGAAUGGGUGGUCAACGCAUUAGUUGAUGCUGGCGUCACGCACGUCUUUGGUGGACAUGGUGGUGCCCUUGUACCACUAGUCAAUGCGAUCGUGAGCCACCCGAAGGUGCAGUGGGUUUGCACACGAAACGAGGCCAACGCCUCACUCAUGGCAGCUGCCUAUGCCAAGCUGACGGGCAACUUGGGGGUUUGCGUUGCUACCUCAGGGCCAGGAGCCUCAAACCUGACAACGGGCCUGCUCGACGCCUUGCAAGAUCAAUGCUCGAUGAUAGCGAUUACAGGCCUCAAGCCGAGAGGUGGCAUCGGCUACAGCGAAUUCCAAGACCUCCAACAGAGCCGCAUGUUUGCAGCUGGGGGCCUCCCGCUGAGUCUCGACGUCUCGAGCCCUGAUGCCCUGGUACCACUGGUCCGAGAUGCUGUCGCGAAGGCACUGUCCCUCCGAACGGUUGUUCAUCUGGGCUUGCCAGUGGACGUCCAGGCUGCAAAAAGUCCAGUGCCCUUGAAGCCUUUCUGUGCAUCAGAUGUAAGGGAUGACGUUGAGCUGUCAGAGACGCACUCCUACGUCAUCAAGAAUGUUGCUUCUGAGCUCCGAGCUGCCUCUGGCCGCGGAAGUGGCCGGGUUGUGAUCGCCGUGGGCCAUCGUGCUGUGGGUGCCGGGAAGGAGAUCCUCCAGCUUGCUGAGCGCAUCAAUGCUCCGGUGCUGACACGGCUUGAUGCGAAAGGAUGCGUCGACGAGUCUCACAACCUCGUCUUUGGCGUUAUCGGGGUGCACGGCAAAUCUGGACUUGAGCUCGCGACGAAAGUCAUUGAGACUUCUCAGUUGGUGAUUUCCAUUGGUAAUCACGACGAUACUCUUUUGUUGUGCAACAGGGCAGGCCUGCAAAUUCGGCCUAUGAUCACGUUCGAGCCCGAUGCCAUGUGCCUACGGAUCAAUGCGAGAUACAGAGCGUUGUACGAUGUCGUUGGAAACGUGAAGUUUACUCUCCGUCGACUGUUGGCUGAGCUGGGGCCGCAGGAGAAAGAUCCCAUUGCCAAGAAUCCGAGUUUCAUGGAGGGCUGGCACAGGGAGUUGGCCUACAGCGGGAUGGACAUCGUGACGCCGAUGGACGCUGCCAACCUCCACAUGGCACCUCCACCCCGUCAUGCGAAGCUGGAGCUCCCGGCGGAUGAGAAGAAGUUAUGGUCUAACAUCCACAACGGCAAGUGGAAGCUGCACAAAAGAGAAUCAUCUCGGUUCUUGUGCACGAGCCCAGCCUCGCAAGACCUGUGCCACCCGGACACAGUCAUGAAGGAGAUGUCUCGGCGCAUGGAGACCAACGACGUUCUUUGUGUGGAUGUUGGUGAUGUGACCCUGUGGGCCAGUUUGUCAGCUUGCCUCACCAAGGGACAGAGGACCUUGUCCUCGGAGCGAUUAGGGACCAUGGGCUACGGCCUUUGCGCGGGCAUAGUCGCUAGCCUCAUCCGAGCGGGUGACGGACGGGCUGUCGUCGUCAUAGGUGAUGGCGGUGUUCAGAUGAGCAUCAACGAGCUGGGCACUGCACAGCAUCUCUUUGCCAACUUGAACAAG